AGGACGCGAGGGCGGGCCUCAGCGUGGGCCAUGGCCGGCAAGAAACGGGCCUCUCCGUCCGCGUCCGUGUCCGAGGCGCCUGGCGGCGGCACCGAACCUCCCCGCGGGCCUGGCCGCCCCCCGCCGCCACCUCCCGCUCGCUUCCCACGGCUAGGCUGGGCCGUGGCCUUCCUCCUCGCCGCCCUAGCCGCCAAGGCCUACCGAGACUGGGAGGCGGCCCGCCGACAGGAGACAGCGCUGAAAUCUCUGGGAAAUGAAGGUCUUUUCUUGUUCUCUUCCCUGGACACGAACAAUGACUUGUACAUCAGCCCGGAGGAGUUCAAGCCAAUUGCGGAGAAACUUACUGGCAUUACUCCUGUCUCUGGCAUUGAUGAGGAAGAGGUGCUGGAUCCCAGUGGAGAGACUCUCUCGAUCCUUGCAAAAUUUCAGCCUCUGCUCAUGGAAACAAUGACAAAGAGCAAGGAUGGCUUCCUUGGAGUGUCCCACCUUGCUCUUUCUGGGCUCCGCAACUGGACUGCUCCAGCAUCCCCUGUGAGUGUGAUGUUUGCUCAGCAAUUUAAGUCCUUCCUUCCCCCAAAGCAUAAAGUGGAACUUGCUGAUCCAUGGUGGAUCAUUCCCAGCGAACUAAACAUCUUUACUGGAUACCUUCCUAACAACAGGUUUUAUCCUCCAGCCCCCAGAGGCAAAGAGGUAAUAAUUCACAAACUCUUGAGUAUGUUCCAUCCCCGGCCGUUUGUGAAAACUCGCUUUGCCCCGCAGGGAGCUGUAGCCUGUAUUCAAGCAGUUGCGGAUUUCUACUACAGGAUUGCAUUCAGAAUCCAUGCUGAGUUUCAGUUGAAUGAACCCCCAGAUUUCCCAUUCUGGUUUUCGCCUGCACAGUUCACAGGCUACAUUGUCCUCUCCAAAGAUGCUUCUCAUGUUCGGGAAUUCAAGCUGUUUGUUCCUAACAAUAGGUCUCUCAAUGUAGACAUGGAAUGGCUGUACGGUGCCCUUGAGAGCAGCAACAUGGAAGUAGAUAUAGGAUACUUGCCUCAGAUGGAGCUGGAAUCUUUGGGACCUUCCGUUCCUUCUGUCAUCCACGAUGAAAAUGGGAAUGUGAUUGACAGCAGAGGAGGGGACCCGAUUCAGUUUGUCUUUGAAGAGAUUUCCUGGCAGAGAGAAAUAAACUGGGAAGAGGCGGUCAGCAAACUGGAAAUUGCCAUGUAUCCGUUUAAAAAAGUUUCCUACCUUCCUUUUACUCGAGCCUUUGAGAGAGCAAAAUCUGAAAGUAAACUUGUACAUUCCAUAUUGUUGUGGGGUGCACUGGAUGAUCAGUCAUGCUGAGGUUCAGGGCGAACUCUCCGGGAAACAGUCCUGGAAAGUUCGCCCAUCCUUGCUUUUCUGAAUGAGAGUUUCAUCAGUACCUGGUCAUUGGUGAAGGAACUAGAGGAUUUGCAGGCUAAGAGAGAGGAUGAAUUCAACAGCAGACUUGCAGACCUGCACCUUGAAAAGUAUAACUUUCCUGUGGAGAUAAUGAUAUGCCUCCCCAAUGGCACUGUGGUCCACCACAUCAAUGCCAAUUACUUUCUGGAUAUCACUUCUAUGAAGCCAGAAGAAGUGGAGAGCAGCAUCUUUAGUUUUUCUACCAGUUUUGAAGACCCAUCAACUGCAACCUACCUCCAGUUUCUGAAGGAAGGACUUCAAAAAGCAAAACCGUUUCUGCAGACCUAAACCGAAAAAGUAAAUCUGUUGAUCACCAAAGAUUCAAGAGUCCUUGUUUCCGAUGCCCUUUGCGGUCGGGCAAUAUUGAAUAGUAAAGCACUGUACUUGAAUGAAAGGGCUCUAGACAAGUAAGCGCCCCUUGGAAAUAUGAAGCUGCGUCAUUUAUAAUUACCAGUUUUUCAAGACUGUUUUGGAAGGAGAUGAAUGUAUUGUUCUCUUUCUUACCAGCAAAUUGCGAAAAUUCUCUGAAGCAAGUCAUUUGAUUGCCAGUGGCUGAGACUGGGGAUGGAGCAACAAAUGCCUCAGAUAGGGAUGUAGUUCCUAAGCUGUGAGGCCUACCAGCAAAUUCAGUCUCAAGCAAAGUUUUAAAAUUUUUGGUUCACAUUCCUUUAGUAUAGAGCUGAACACAGCACACCAAUCCAGAGUGCACCUUCCAGCGUCCUGCAUUAGAUGCUGUGCUUGCUAGGAGUGGUGGGAUCUUUAAACUGGGAGAUGUGUACAUUGUCCUCUCGUCAUUGUAAGACUUUUACCAACUGCUCUAUUGAUUUUUGAAAGGGAUGCCAUCUUUAUGCCUCAUAGCUUGGUGCUUUUCAAGGCCCUGAAGUGCCUGUCAUAGUUAGCACAUUUUAGAAAGGUUACAUUAUAAAGCACCAUUUGGCUUUGUGGUGAUGUCAGUAGGUCACAGAUAUCAAGCUGUGAGCUUAAAUGGCUAAUACAAGGCAAAACGUACUUUGGUUUUACAUUCUUACUGUUAUCUGAGAAGCUGCUUGGGUCGGUGCUGUUGCAGAGCUUGGAUUAUGGGAGUUGCAAUCUGCCAAAAAUAAUAUUUCCGAGUUUUAGCUGCUACACAGAUGUAAGACGUAAAAUAGUAUUUCUGGAUUUUUACCUUGGAUUACACUAUCCAACAAAAUUUGAAAAAAAAUCUAUUCCUGGCUUGAAAGUGUUAUUACCUGUUUAAUUGUGUGUGAUAAGGUAAAGGUAAAGGUUUCCCUUUGACAUUAAGUCUAGUUGUGUCCAACUCUAGGGGUUGGUGCUCAUCUCCAUUUCUAAGCUGAAGAGCUGGCGUUGUCCGUAGAUGCCUCCAAGUCCAUGUGGCCAGCAUGACUGCAUGGAGCAUUGCUACCUUCCCACAGAAGCGGUACCUAUUGUUCUACUCACAUUUUUAUGUUUUCAAACUGCUAGGUAGGCAGAAACUGAGGCUAAUAGCAGGAGCUCACGCUGCUCCCCAGAUUCAAACCGCCGACCUUUCGGUCGGCUAGUUAAGCACUUCAGCAGUGCCACUGGGGGCUCCUAAUUGUGUGGUACUUACUUUGAAAGUUGUUGUUAUACUCCAGAAACUUUGUUUUUGUUUCUGCCACAAACUACGAGGGAUAUCUGGAAAGUAAGGUUACAAUAUUUUUUAAAUACAAAGAAUAAAUAUAUUUUAAUAAAAAUUACAUUGAUUAUAGCAGGGGUCCACAAACUUUUUAAACAGAGGGCCAGGUCACAGUUCUUCAAACUUUUGGAGGGCCAGAUUAUAAUUUGAAAAAAAAAAACAUGAAUGAAUUCCUAUGCACACUGCACAUAUCUUAUUUGUAGUGCAAAAAAAACACUUAAAAACAAUACAAUAAUUAAAAUGAACAAUUUUAACAAAUAUAAACUUAGUAUUUCAAUGAGAAGUGUGGACCUGCUUUUGGCUGAUGUGAUAGGAUUGUUGUUGUUAUUGUGUGCUUUCAAGUUGUUUCAGACUUAGGUUGAGUGAGGGCCAGGUAAAUGACCUUGGAGGGCUGUAUCCGGCCCCCGGGCCUUAGUUUGAGGACCCCUGGAUUAUAGCACAGGUGUUACAUUAUUUUUCCUUAUAAUUACCAUUUAGUUCAGUACAUGUUGUCAUCCGUGGAACACAUUUUUAAUGUGUGUGUCAUAGAAGUUUCCCUCCGCCUUUUUCAGCCAAUUUGUCACUUCAGUUUUCACCUCUUUGUUGUUGAAAAAGUGCUUUCCACCCAGGUGUUCCUUCAAUUUGGUGAACAGAUGAUAGUCACUGGGUGCAAGAUCAGAGCUGUGAGGGUGAGGCUGAAAACAUCCCAACCAAAUGAAGUCAACAACUCUUGUGUUGCAUGAACGGUGCGUGGAAGCUCA